AAUUAAAAACAUCCCGUCCACGGGCGUGACUCUGCGGGGGAUAGAGCACCCCCUCCGCGCGCCGUGCCGCCUCCUCCUUCCGCGCCCCACCUCCCACCCCAUUCAACCUGUCCCAGAGCGCAUCCUCACACACACUCUUUCGGCCCCCGCGUGCUAGGCGGUGGCGGUGACCGAGGGGGCUUGGCAGACGCCUCGGCAUUCGCCGGGUUUCUCGUGGACACACUCGGGACUUCCCAACCGGGCUGGAGGUGGGGGACUGCGGCAGGGCAGGGACCUCGACGGCGUCUCCCCUUCCCAGCCCCAGUCACCUAGGAGCGCGCCGCCGCCCGGGGGAGGAGAGCCCAGGGAUUGCCCCCGGGUGGGGGUGGAGGUGGAGGAGUGAAGGGCCAGGAGGAGGCAGAGCCCGCAGGGAGGCGAAGGGGAGGGCGGCGAGUGGGCGGAAGGCAGAGGAGAGCCAGGAGAGGACUGGCCAGCGGAGUAAAGAGAGCGUAUUAGAAUAAAAAUCAGGCGCACGCGGGACGCAUGCGCGCGGCCGGCGAAGGAGACCCGGCCGGAGCUUCCCCACCCGCUGGUCGGCGGGACAGUGGCACGUGCAUGGGAUCAGAACGGAUGGAGAUGCGGAAACGGCAGAUGUCUGCGGCCCAGGAGAUCCCGGGCGCCUCCCCAGGCCAGCACACAGUGGGCGGCCGGGGGUCCAAUGCUUGCUGCUUCUGCUGGUGCUGCUGCUGCAGCUGCUCAUGUCUCACUGUCAGAAACCAAGAAGAUCAGAGACCCAGGAGGGCUUCCCAUGAACUCAGAACAGAAGAGCUCCCAACAUGUGAAGAAAGCCCGACUCCAACUCUGGAAGAAGUGAGCGCCUGGGCCCAAUCGUUUGACAAGCUAAUGAUCACACCAGCAGGGAGAAACGCUUUCCGCGAGUUCCUCCGAACAGAAUUCAGCGAAGAUAAUAUGCUUUUCUGGUUGGCCUGUGAGGAACUGAAAAAAGAAGCUAAUAAAGGCAUCAUAGAAGAGAAAGCGAGGAUAAUCUAUGAAGACUACAUUUCGAUUCUUUCUCCUAAAGAGGUCAGCGUGGACUCCCGGGUCCGGGAAGUCAUCGAUCGGAACAUGGUGCAGCCGUCCCCGCACACGUUCGAUGACGCGCAGCUGCAGAUCUACACCCUGAUGCACAGAGACUCGUACCCCCGCUUCAUGAACUCUGCGCUCUACAAGGAUCUGCUUCGGUCGUUAUCUGAGAAGUCCGUCGAAGCGUAGGAGUUUUCACCUCUAUUUAUUAUUAAUAAAGUACCACGAGACCUCGCGGACGACCUCUAGUGCAGGGAAAUUAGAGGUAGGAGUGCACUGCCCUGGAGUAACACUCGGGCUGCUGUGAUUACAGCGCCCCUCUGCAGAGGGCUGGCUGUUCGCCCGGUAACCUGCAGCCCUCAUUAGCGAUGCUCUUGAGAAAAAAAUGGGAUAGGGUUGUUUUAGAAAGAUAGUCUGUUUACAUUUACAGUAACAGUAGUGUGUUCUCAACAGCAAAGGAAGCAGAAGGCUCCGUCCUGCUUGGGGCGUGUACGGACUCUGGAGCAGACAGGACCACUUUUGUUUUGCAUGAAUUCAGCCACCAAUUACUCUCCCCCAAAGGAAAGAACCUUCUAAGUGUUUCUCUGCUGCCCCUUCCUUCCAUCGAGCUCAGUUUUGAUAACAUCACUUAUCGGUGCCAUUACCAGUCCCAAGUUCACAUUUUGUUAAGAUGUGACACUACCUGUAGAAAAUGGUGUUCCACUUAUCUUAGAAUGUAUUUGUAUGUACAUACAUGUGUGUGUGUAUAUCUGUAUAUGGUUAAUGUAAAGCUGAAGUGGGUCGGUCUCAAAUGUUUGGGGAGAGCAGUGCUGAGGAGAUUCUUGUUGAGAAAAGUUACCAUUAUUUUAAUAUCAGAAUUUGCCAACCUGAAGAAUGACUUUUUAUGUUCACAGUUUGGUCGUGUUUACAAUACUGCUUUCAAAUCAGCAAAUUUCCAUUUUUUUAUUAUUGAGAUGAAUAUGAGCAUUUUCACUCUUUUAAAAAAUAAAGCAUAAGAAGAGUUUUAUCUCAAUCCUUAUUUUUUUCUUCAUAGAUAAGUAUUUGGGACAUGGAAGGUUAUGUAAGUACAGGUACACAUAAGAUACCUUUAAGCUCCAAGACUACA